CGGAGAUAUAAAGAACACACAGGAAAAAAGGAAGACGGACUGAGCUGGCGUUCUCUGAUAAGGAUAUCAUGAAGCUGCAGACUGUAACUGUUUUGGUCUGCCUUUUUGGUGCUAGCCUUUCACUUCCUUUAUAUCAACAGCAAAUUGGAAUCCUCGCAAGUAACAGCAAUGAGAUCUUGCGAUUCAAUGGACUGACCCUGACAGGUGUAGGCUUUGGGCAAACACAAAUGCAGGCGUCUCCGUUCAUGCCCCAGUACGUGAUCCAGCAGCAACCUGAACUGGGUCUUCCCCAGAUGGUGAACUUUAACCCCCAGAUGGGAGGCCCUUUCGGCCCCCAGAAGAUGUUCCCUACACAGGGGAACCAGCUGCCCCCCGUGCUGUACACCAAUGCCCAACAGGAGCAUCCUGGGGCCCCCCAGGACCCCAACAACCACAAUAUCCAAAUUAACCACCAGCAACUUCAAAACCCUGCACAGGGGGUUCCCCAGUUUCCUCAGUACUACCCAUCCUUUUCAUUUCCCCAGCAACCAAGAAUGCAGGGCAACCCCUACUACACGUCUUAUGGUUACCCCAACUACCCCCAGCCUAACCAGAACCAGGUGAACGGGCAGAACCAGCAGAACUCGGAGAAGACCCCUCAGAAACCACAGCUCCCACUACAGGCUGCUCAACCUCAGGCACCAGGAAAGGUAAGUCCUCUCUUACUACUGUGUUUGAAUCAUGUACUGACAGAUAACAUUAAUGUGGCCUCUAUGUGA